AUGGCGACCCGAGAAAAGAACGGCGAAGAGUUCGUCAUCCUCCCGGUGCAGCUCCCGCCACUGCCAUCCUUCCCCGUCACAGCAGUCCACGAGAUUCGCGUGCGACGGAACGCUCCCAAGAUACCCACGGCGAACGACAGCCGAAGUCUGUUCCUGAAGAACGUCCCCGCCGACAGCACGGAACCGCACUUUCGCGCAGUGUUUGCCAGUCUAGUCGGCGCCGGCCGCUUCGAGACCGUUGACUUCGAGGGAAAGGCAUCGUCGACAGCAGCGGUCCUGGACCCGGCGCGCGCCAUGACCAUCAACAGUCUCGCCAGGAAGAGGAAGAGGGGGGAUGUAGAGGACGAGGGGAGGCGGCGGGAGGAAGAGGAAGCGCAGCUACCAGAUAUCUGGACCCGGAAGCUGCACGCGAGCAGCAGUACGGCUGUGGUGCUCUUGGCGGACGAGAAGAGCGUGCAGCUGGUUCUCAAGGCCAUCGCCAAGGUCCACAAGUCGCACAGGUACCCUGUCUGGGGCGAGGGCCUGGCCGACGAUGUGCCGCCGCUGGGUGCCCCCUGGCUGUCCUCGCAUCUGCAGCUCAGCAGCCGGGCCGACAAGCUGGAGACCAAGAAGUCGGUGCACGCCUUCUUCAACACCUUCAACCGCAAGGAGAAGGAGGCGGCCGAGCUGGCCAAGAGGCUGCGCAACGAGCCGGACGAGGACGGCUUCGUGACGGUGACGCGCGGAAGCAGCCGCGUGGCCCCUGCCAGCCGCGACGAGGCCGAGGAUGCCAGGAGGAAGAUGAUCGAGAAGGACGCCAGGAAGAAGGACGGCAUGCAGGACUUCUACCGCUUCCAGCUGCGCCAGAGGCGGAAGGACGAGCAAGCCUCCCUCAUCAAGCGCUUCGAGGAGGACCGGAAGAAGGUCGAUGCCAUGCGCGAGAAGCGUGGCAAGUUCAGACCGGAGACUUGA